AUCACCGAAUGAUACAGUUUUCUUGGAUCUGAAAAAAAUAUGGAAUUUAAACGGAUUCUGGAGGAUUUGAUCAGGGUGGUUCUGCUCGUUUGUGUGUUGUGUGUUUCCUCAUCGGAUGGACGAUGCAAAAAGACCGAAAACAAAAGAAAACUCCCGCUUACGAUAGGUGUGCUGGAAGGUGAAACAUCGGGGUAUACAGUGAAGAACAUGGAGUUCAGCGGAGACGUCAAGCAAUGCUUCCACGACCCUCAUUUCGUAGUGCUACACGUUCAAAGUGACCUACGUAUUAUCACAGACGGAUGGACGGAAAUCGAGGAGGGGAUGAGGAGAGCUUUAUCAAAGCAAGCAGGAGAGUCGAAAACCUUCAACCUCAUCAUCGGUCCAUUUUAUACCAACUUGGCCAUGAUGCUCGAGAAGAACCACAUCCCGUACCUGGUGACCGACUACAAGGGCUUCAAGGACAUCGAUAUGUCGCGCGUGCAGGACCGCACCAACUGGCGCACGCUGGUGGAGAUCCGCCCUCCGGCCCAGGAGCAGAACAUGGCUGUGGUAGACCUGUUCCAGAAGGAGAAGUGGGAAAGUGCGGUGAUGUUGAUGCCGAAGAAUGAGGCUGAUAACCAAGAGUGUCAGGACCUGGCGCAGCAGAUGGUUGGGCGUGGCAUCUCCGUCAUCCCCUACUCUAUCGACCCCGAGGAAGCAAGGAAGAUGAUAAAACAAGCCAUGAGGAACUUCCAGCUCCUCAACCAGAAGCAGGUCGUCAUGUGCAGCCCCAGAGACGCCAAAGACAGACUCAUACAGCAACUCCUUAAAGUGGCCAAGCUUUACAACCUCCUGAUGGAUGUUGAUCUGAAUUUCAUAUUCGUUGAUUCGAGUUCAAACCUGGAACCGUUAGCCGGAGCAGACCAGAUGUAUCGCCUUCGCCUGUUCUCUGCGCGUUGCAAGUUGUAUGCGUUCCGUUACUUCCACCCCCCUCAAGAGGGCGAGUCGGGUGACGCAAACGUCGCCAUCGCCAAGGAUGCCGCAAGCGUCACAAAGGAUGCCUUAGCUGCGUACCUGUAUAAGAUCACGGAACCUACCAAUGUUAUCAAAAGGAAGAUAUUGCUGAAGGCGUUAAAGGGGGUGCGACUUCACGGGGAUACGGGCCUCAUUCGUUUCAACGGAACAGGUCAGAGGGUAAACUACACACUGUACCUCUACAACCAUGGAGGAGAGGACAUGUACCGGAAGGUUGGAGAAUGGAUUCCGUCAGGCAGCAGCGCCAACGACAGGCUCAACAUGACGCAGGUGGACGAUGAUGACGACGAGGAUUCUGAUCAAUCAGGGAUUUUUCCCGACACCGUCAAUGUAGUGGUGGUGGAGGAGGAGCCCUUUGUAAUGAAGAAGUUGCCCAACUCUUCCAUGAACAACGAGGGGAACGACAGAUACGAGGGUUUCACCGUCGACCUCCUGAGGAAGUUAAAGGAAGAACUAAAGUUCAAAUAUAGAAUCUACGUCAGCCCUAAAAACGCAUACGGCGUGAAAAACAUGGACGAUGGGACCUGGGACGGAAUGGUUGGUGAGAUCAUGUCCAAGAAUGCUACCUUGGCUAUGGGUGCCAUAUCCAUCACCUCCCAACGAGAGACCGACAUCGACUUCUCCCAAGGCAUCAUCAGCACCGGCAUCAACAUCCUCAUCUACAAACCCCAGGAAGAAUACAACAUCUUCCAAUUCCUCUUCCCGUUUUCUCUCUACCUCUGGUUGGCCAUUAUCGGGGCGUCCAUCUUUGUCUCAUUUGUCCUGUUCCUUCUUGACUACACGAACCCAAACCGGAAGUUCACUCCCAAGGAGACGUUGUGGUACGCUGUCGGGACGCUUCUCAAGCGAGGAACAGACUUCUCUCCGAAGCCAGUGUCUCAGCGUAUCCUGUCUGCCGGCUUCACCUUCUUCGUCCUCAUCACCGUCUCCAGCUACACCGCCAACAUGGCCGCCUUCCUCACCACCAAAAGCCUGGAAAAAACCAUCAACUCUUUCGACGACCUAUCCGAGAGUGAGCAAGCAAUAUGUACCGUGGACAAAUCGGCAACCAUGAAGUUCUUCGAGAAGGGACAUAGCCCUGUCUACAAGCGGAUCUGGGACACGAUUGUAGCUGUUGAUGGUCUGGUUCCUAACGCGUCAUCUGGUCGCGACAGAGUAAUGAACAAAGAGUGUGCGUUUAUUUUCGAUUUCCUGAUAAACGAGUAUUCUGAGUAUAAAAAAUGUUGUACGAAGGCUGUGGCCGUUCCCAUCCUGAUGCAGGAACACGGUAUUGGCAUGGCGCAAGGAGCUCCCUUCAAAACCAAGCUGAACAUCGCCCUUCUCAAAUUAAAGGAAAGUGGACAGAUCAACCAGCUGAAAAAGAAGUGGUGGGAUGACAAGCGUCAGUGUAACGUUGCCAGCGACCGCGCCAAUCGUGCCCAGUUUGGACUCACCCACACCGCAGGGGUGUUCAUCCUUGCACUUUUUGGACUCGUCUUCUCUGUGGCAUUUUUCCUUUUCAAGAAAUUCUAUUUGAGACGGAAAUUGAAGAAACAGGCCCAGAAAGCCGAGAAGGAGAAGGAACUACUCUGCAAGGGGUCGCCAUCUUCUGUGUGACCUUCACCUUGACGCACACUGUUCUGACUCUCACCAAAGACUGUUCUCAUCCUUAGACUGCCACAACCCCACAUGGGAACAAUGUGUGCUCCCAUUUCUGGUGUCCCCCGCCGUUAUAUUGCUGGAAUAUUGCAAAAAUAGCGGCGUCAAACCAUACUCACUCAAUCACUCUUGUCUUAGACAUAAUAAUGAAGUCCUGAGUGUUUUAUUACAUGUAUGUCGUAAUGUCGUAAUGUCGUAGCCUGUUCCUGAAUAAUUAAUGCACAUUUGAAAACUAAAAGGGGUGUUUUACACUUGUACGUGAUGAAAUAAUAUAUGAAAGUAUAUUAGGGGUCAUAUAGAUAAGCUGUGAUGGAUAAACUCAUGUGAUUACUCGUCCAAACACUUUAUUCAUACGUGGCGGUUGGGUAGCCUAGUAGUUAACACUCGGGUUCGAUUCCCGACGUAGGUACAAUGUGUGAAGCCAAUUUCUGGUGUCCCCCGCCAUGAUAUUGCUGGAAUAUUACUAAAAGCGACGCAAAAGCACACUUACUGAUUAUAAACAGUUUCUCUAUUACCCAAUAAGUCGAUCAACCUUUACCAUUCGUUAACUCACUGCCUAUUCCGAGUGAAUAUCUAUUUGCUAGAGCGUCAGUUCAGCCAGACAGAGUUUCUUUGUAAUUGACGCCUCGUAGUAUAGGAAUGUCAGCUUCGAGUCAGUUGCAAACUAAGAAUCUGUGAUCGUAUCAGACAUUUAUUUUUAUUAAAGGGAAGCAACUCUUGUAGGUAUGUGCUCUGAUUCGUAUGCACUGUGAAUUUGUGUCAUUAAGUUAUAGUCAUUUGGUGGCUCUCCGUCUUCCCUACCUGUCUGGUGUAUACAUUUGGGGCAGAAUUAUUUUACAAAGAAAGUGUAUACUCAGAUUUCCAAAUGAUUUUGACGUGUGUUUUGUUAUGUUGAAUAAUAAUCACAAAAUUUAUCUGAAUAUUAUAAUGCACCAUUGUGCAAUGGUAUCUGUCUGGUAACAAAAGGAAAAUAGAGUCUACAAAUCCUGUUGGGGAGCACAUGUCGCCGGGAGUACUGUAACUGAGCAUCGUGCCUGUCUGUCUUAUCCAUUAUUCGCUUGUCUAGACUUCGAUGACAGAUUUACCCUGAUUGAGGCCAUUGGUAUGACAGCACAAAAUGCUACGGUUUAGUUGAGACGGGUGGUCUGAGGUGUCACACGUGUACAGUGAUGCGCUGUAAUUAUUAGGACUGUUUGUUUUUAGUACGAAUGAGAGAUUCAGUACCGUGCCUGCAUCAGAACCAAGCGGUUUUCACUCGUUUUGAGUCGUUCUUCCACGUGAAUCUGAAUACUGUUCAAAGCGGCAUAGGGGGCACGGGUGGCCCAGUCGUCUAAGGCGCCGCGAUUCUCUGUGCUGAGUUG